AUGGGUCCUGAAGCAAAUAAUGAUAAUGAAAAUCAUUUUCGUGGGAAGACUGCUUUGCGUUUAACGCUUCAAAAUGUGAUCGAGCCACCAAGUUUAGAACCUAAACCUGAAGGUGACAUAGGAGCUUCUUCUCCAUUUCUUCAAAGUAACCCUAAUGGCGGACCCAACGAAGAAGGGGCCGGCCAAAGAAGCAAGUUGUAG